UUCAGACCACAUACAGGAGGCUGACAGAUAGAGUAGUUCUCCAGACCAGAAAGGAAGGGUCUCUAAUCAAACGCCAGCACUACUAUCUACAGCUUUUUUUUUUUUACACAAGAUCAAUUACUCAAAGCAGUAAAAAUGGCCAGAAGUUCAGUAUCCGAUGAAGAAAUGGCAGAACUCAGAGAAGCUUUCUCCAAAGUUGAUACAGAUGGCAAUGGGUACAUCAGCUGCAAUGAACUGAAUGACUUGUUCAAGGCAGCUUGCUUGCCCUUGCCUGGGUACCGAGUAAGGGAAAUCACAGAGAACCUGAUGGCAACUGGAGAUCUAAACCAUGAAGGCCGGAUCAGCUUUGAUGAGUUUAUCUCAAUGUUUCAUGGAUUAAAAAGCACGGAAGUUGCCAAGACCUUCAGAAAAGCCAUUAAUAAGAAAGAAGGAAUUUGUGCUAUUGGUGGUACCUCAGAACAAUCCAGUGUUGGAACACAGCAUUCCUAUUCAGAGGAAGAAAAAUAUGCCUUUGUUAACUGGGUAAACAAGGCCCUGGAAAAUGAUCCUGAUUGUAAGCAUGUCCUCCCUAUGGAUCCAAACACAGAUGACCUCUUUACUGCUGUUGGAGAUGGCAUCGUCCUAUGUAAAAUGAUCAACCUAUCAGUGCCAGAUACAAUUGAUGAAAGAACAAUCAACAAAAAGAAACUUACCCCAUUCACCAUCCAGGAGAAUUUGAACCUAGCUCUGAACUCUGCUUCAGCCAUUGGGUGCCAUGUUGUUAACAUAGGAGCUGAGGACUUAAAAGAGGGGAAACCUUAUCUGGUCUUGGGCCUUCUGUGGCAAGUCAUCAAAAUUGGAUUGUUUGCCGACAUUGAACUCAGCAGAAAUGAAGCUCUGAUUGCGCUUUUGAGGGAAGGUGAGAGUCUGGAAGACUUGAUGAAACUUUCCCCUGAGGACCUGUUGCUGAGAUGGGCAAAUUAUCACCUGGAAAAUUCAGGCUGCAAUAAAAUCAACAACUUCAGUACUGACAUCAAGGACUCGAAAGCUUACUUCCACCUGCUUGAACAGGUGGCUCCAAAGGGAGAUGAAGAAGGAAUUCCAGCUAUUACUAUUGACAUGUCAGGAAUAAGGGAGAAGGAUGACAUCCAGAGGGCAGAGUGUAUGUUGCAACAAGCAGAAAGACUGGGAUGCCGGCAGUUUGUCACCGCCACAGAUGUCGUCCGUGGGAACCCCAAGUUGAACUUGGCUUUCAUUGCCAAUCUCUUUAACAGAUACCCUGCCUUACAUAAACCAGAGAACCAAGACAUUGAUUGGAGUUCUCUUGAAGGGGAGACGAGGGAGGAGCGUACAUUUAGGAACUGGAUGAAUUCCUUGGGAGUGAAUCCUCGGGUCAAUCAUUUGUACAGUGAUUUGUCAGAUUCCCUGGUCAUCUUCCAGCUUUAUGAAAAGAUUAAAGUACCUGUUGACUGGAACCGAGUGAACAAGCCACCAUACCCUAAACUGGGGGGUAACAUGAAGAAGCUUGAGAACUGUAACUAUGCUGUGGAACUGGGAAAGAAUCAAGCCAAGUUCUCUCUCGUUGGCAUUGCCGGACAAGAUCUCAACGAAGGAAACCGCACAUUGACGCUUGCCUUAAUUUGGCAGUUAAUGAGAAGGUACACACUGAGUAUUCUUGAAGAUAUUGGUGGAGGACAGAAAGUCUAUGAUGAUAUUAUUGUCAAUUGGGUGAAUGAAACACUGAAAGAAGCCGAGAAGAGCUCAUCUAUCAGUAGUUUCAAGGAUCCUAAGAUCAGCACAAGUAUGCCUGUUCUGGAUCUCAUUGAUGCCAUUCAGCCAGGAUCCAUUAAGUAUGAUCUUUUGAAAACAGAGAACCUAGAUGAUGAAGAAAAGCUCAAUAAUGCCAAGUAUGCCAUUUCAAUGGCCCGAAAAAUUGGUGCAAGAGUAUAUGCUCUUCCAGAAGACCUGGUGGAGGUGAAACCUAAAAUGGUCAUGACAGUUUUUGCAUGUCUCAUGGGAAAAGGAAUGAAGAAGGUUUAAGGCCAAAUAGGGUUGGACUUGGAGGCUAAAUCACAUGAUUUUGACUGCCUGUACACUGGAUGUCCUUUUCAAGACCCAAGAAGCACGUGGUCUAGCUAAGCCAUUCCAGAGUUUUAAAAGAUGUUAACAUUAAAACAAGGUUCUAAGCAGCACCUAGUUGUUCAUCCAAAUAACGUAUCCUGUGUUUAACAGAAAUAUGCUUCAUUUCUUUGCAAAAGAAACAAACCCCAAACCUCAUGCAAAUAAUUUAUACCCUUGAAUAUAUUUGCUUCCUUUGAAAGGAAAUUUUCUUUCCUAGCAGCCCUCCCCCACAACCUCCACUUUAAUCAUUAGCCCAGUGUAAAGGCUAUGUAUUGUUAUUCUCAGCAUAGUCUUUCAAGUUCAGUUGCACAGAUUUUUUUUUUAAGACAACGGAGUGAUAGAGGAAGAAGAAAAAUCAGUAAUUUUUAAGACUAUUAGUAGGAGUCUACCACUUGUCUCUGUGAGGUUCUCUUGGUUUGAUGUUCCUUGUUGGUACCUCCUCUGUCUGACACCCCAUUAAUUCUCAUUCCCUGUUCCUAACCUGCAAUCUCUUCUUUCAGCAGCAUCGUCCUGUGACUUUUCCCCUCCCCAGGCCACAGCCUUCCUAUAGUUUGCUGCUGCAAGGCAUCCUUACCAUUAAUUGCAGUCAUCCUUUGAGGAGGGGGCGUGGCAGAGCUCUCCUGCUUACCAGAGCUGAGCCUAAAUUAUUAGUCACUGGUCUACCACCUCCAGGGCCCAGCCUUGCCCUACUUCCUAGCCUCCUGGGGAUCCAAAGACCCAAGCUUUUGGUUUUUCAGCAAGUAAACAGCUGUCUCUUUUUGUCUGCAUGGUGUUCAGGUUCAAGAUGAGACUGGACUUAGAAACCUAGUCACAAAAUCCAGGGUUCAGUUUUUUCCUUUGGCCAAGAUUUGAAUGUAGAGAGGUUGAAAUGGAAUAGGGCACCUCAGGCAGUAGCAUGGAGGUGUUUCCUUGCAUACGUUCACUGAAAUUGUUUGAUUCUCCAUAAUUAUAGUCAUGUGCAUUAGCAUUCACAUAGAGUUGUACGGUUGAGAAAUGUCUCUGCUUCGAGCAGUCUCGGGAGCAGCCAUACUUUAGUGGGGUUUGCUCUCAGAAUUCUAGUAUUUCAGUUGUUAUGUAGGCCAUGUCAUUAACAGUUUACUUUCAUGGAACGUUAGAGUCCCUGUGGAAAAAUGUGCCAAUGAAUCAUCCAUCCCAUCUAUGUUAGAUAAGCAGUUUAAUAGACAUUUACAUAAUUAUAAACAAAAGCCCUGUGGAUUUGAACAGCUACACUUAAGAAAAUCUCAAGAAACAAACUUAAAGGCCUAAAAGUAGCACAUCAGUCCUCAUUAACACCAGGCCACCCCCUAAUUGCUUUUAAAAGAUCUGCUGACAGAGGUGUCUCAUUUAAAGAUCUCACUUAAAGGACCUUAGCCAUUGUUUAAAACAGUAAAAAGUAUUCAUCUUCUAUUGGUUCUGAGUUAUACCCCUUAUGUUGACCCACCAAUCAAUGUUUCUAUUGUAUCUGUAUGCACAGGCUUAAGUUUUGCCUUAGUCUAAUCUAUACUUAUCCUACAGCCUUAGAUAACUUUCUCUUGCUAACUUCCUUCAUCAAGGAGGAAUAUAAUUGCCUUAAUGAAAAAUAAAGAUAAUGCUAGAAAUCUCUCCAAAUAAAGCAUUCUCCAAAA